UCCCUAGUACAGUACAUAGCUCUCGAGCCUCGACCACGACGACAGCCUAAGCCGAUCAAGAGAAGAGAAGCCGCGGCGGCGACCAUGGCAGGUCGCGGCACGGCCGCGGUGGCAUUUGUCUGCCUCGUCUUCCUUGCCGCCUCGUCGGCUGCAGCCGCCGCGCACGUCCACGACGCCGCAGAGCACGGUGUGCCACAGGGGCUGACGCGGCGGACGGAGGCGGACGUGCGGGCGAUGUUCGACGCGUGGCUGGCGCGGCAUGGCCGCACUUACAACGCGCUCGCCGAGUACGUCCACCGUUUCCGCGCGUUCCGGGACAACCUCGACUUCGUCGACGCCCACAACGCCCGUGCCGUGCAACGCGGCGGGUUCCGCCUCGGGAUGAACCGCUUCGCCGACCUCACCAACGCCGAGUUCCGCGCCGCCUACCUCGGCUCCAGCACGGCUGGCAGGGGCCGCAACGCCGUCGGCGAGCGGUACAGGUACCGAGCGGAAGACGUGCUGCCGGAGUCCGUGGACUGGAGGGAGAAGGGCGCGGUGGCGCCCGUGAAGAACCAGGGCCAUUGCGGCAGCUGCUGGGCCUUCUCCACGGUCGCCGCCGUGGAAGGCGUCAACAAGAUCGUCACGGGCGACCUCGUGACGCUGUCGGAGCAGGAGCUCCUGGACUGCUCACGCAACGGUCAGAACAAUGGGUGCAACGGCGGCAUCAUGGACGACGCCUUCGACUUCAUCGUCCGGAACGGCGGCAUCGACACCGAGAAGGACUACCCCUACGCCGCCAAGGAAGGCAAGUGCGACCUCGCCAAGAAGGCCCGCACGGUCGUCUCCAUCGACGGGUUCGAGGACGUGCCCGACGACGACGAGGCGUCGCUGAUGAAGGCCGUGGCGCACCAGCCCGUGAGCGUCGCCAUCGAGGCCGGCGGGCGCGAGUUCCAGCUCUACGAGUCCGGGGUCUUCACGGGCCGGUGCGGCACGGAGCUGGACCAUGCCGUGCUCGCUGUGGGCUAUGGCACCGGCACGGAGGCCGACGGCGGCAAGGACUUCUGGCUCGUGCGCAACUCGUGGGGUCCGGGCUGGGGCGAGGGCGGCUACAUCCGGAUGGAGCGCAAUGUGACCGCGCGCGCCGGCAAGUGCGGCAUCGCCAUGUUCGCGUCCUACCCCGUCAAGAACGGGCCCAACCCCAAGCCAAUACCACCGGCGCCGGAGGAGAAGUGUGAUCGCUACAGCUCGUGUCCGGCGGGGAGCACGUGUUGCUGCACGUACGGCGUGAGGAGCGUGUGCCUGGCAUGGGGGUGCUGCCCGGCCAAGGGAGCCACCUGCUGCCGGGACCGGACGACCUGCUGCCCGUCGGAGUACCCCGUCUGCAACGCUGGAAAACGAACCUGCGCCAAGAGCAAUGGAAGUCCGUACACCGUGGAUGCGCUGCCCCGGACGCCGGCGAAGCGACAGAGGACGGCAGUCUCAGAGCUUGUUGAUUCGAUAUUUUCAUCCUAAAAGUCAAUAUUUUUCAGAAUAUAAACCUAGCUAGGAGUCA